AUGUCGCCAGAGUGUAAGCGACGCAAGAUCAAGUGCGAUAGAACACAGCCUUGUGCGCCUUGCACGCGCCGAGGCGAACAGUCCAAGUGUCAAUGGCAUAUUGUCGAACCAGUCGAGAAGUAUGUAACCAGAGCCGAGUAUGACGAACUCAAGGGGCGAUUUGAGCAACUUGACGCACUCGUGCGUCGUCUCUUGCCCACAACAACUGUAGCUUCCACAAGCAUGCCUUAUUAUCAACUGGCGCAUACGGGGGCUGGAGGAGCAUCAGGGGUGUCAGUGGAGGCUGUGCAGACGUAUAACCCCAGCACAACCCCAGGUGUAUCUGGACCCAUUGCCGGGUAUCCGUCCAUGAUGCCUCCCCCACCGCCACCACCGCAAGGCACCUAUCCUCAACACAUCGAAACAUCGAAUCAGGCACCUCAUCGAUACAUCAAGACAGAUGACUUGCAAUCCGGCGCACGGCACCAAAAUGUGUAUCAUCCGGCAUCGACGUCUAUGGGGGGACCGGUUACCUCACCGCUUCUGUCAACAGCAACUCAUCACACUCUUCCUCAACACAGCCCGCUUCUACCAUCUUCUCCCUCUAGAAGUCACUAUCGCCGAUCUCCCGAAAUGUUAAGAUCACCAAGCACGACCUCUGCGACAAUAAAGAGCUCUGCGCUCUCCCUCUCAUCCAUUACGUCCCCCUACAACGUCAACCCUGACCAGUCAAAAAAUUACCACGCGCAGACGCUCACACUGGGCGAGCGUCUGCGCCCCGAAUUUCAGGCUCCAAGCGGCCCAGUGGUUCUUUUUUUAGGGAUGGUCCGUCAGCAACGGGGACGUCGGCUGAGGGGAUGUACGUUGACACCGGUGGGGCGAGUGGGAUCCAUCAGCAACAGCAAACGAGCGCGCCGCCGUCCUCUUUUCAAUUUCAUCAACCUUCUUCUCAACCGUCACGGAGGUACAGCGAUACACCCACCAUGA